AUUAACUUUAAUCGUAAAAUAUAUAAAGCCGCCUUGUCGCCGUCUCUCUCCUCGCAAACACACACACACACUCACACACACACACACGAGCCAAUCAGGCGGGCAAUAACAGCCUCCACGUAUGCGCGCAGAGCGGAGAAGCGCCUGGCACACCGGAGCUCAACGAGAGGCAACCGAACCCGCUGUCUGUCAUUAGCUGGGUGUGUGACACGGGAGGGACAGAGGAGAGAGAGAGAGAGGGGGGGGGGGGAGAGAGAGAAGACGAGUGAACGGUCCAGGUUCAAACAGACGCCGACUUGAGAGGAGAGCAGAAGACGAGGAAGAAGAGAGCACGGGAGAGAGAGAGAGAGAGAGGGGAGAGAGAAAAGAGAGGAGCGAGAGCGAGAGAGAGAGUGGGGGGAGAGAGAGAGGAGAGAGUUGGGAGACUGACAGGCGUUACCGAAACCAGAUGAAGCGAAGAGUCGAUAUGAGCGGUCAGUUUGAGGAAGAUCUCCACGACCGUGGCGAGAGGAAGAGCAGUAAAUCCCCGACGCUGCUCUCCUCUUACUGCAUAGACAGCAUUCUGGGCCGCCGGAGCCCCUGUAAGGUCAGACUGAUAGGGGCGCAAAGUUUGACGGGUCUGCCCAGCAGAGUGGAGCUCGACAAAACGGCUGACAGGCCAACGAAAGACCCCCUCGGCCUGAACGCCGACAUGCACCUGCCGCCCAAAUUGCGGCGGCUGUACGGCGCCGGGGGGAAGUACCUCCACGAGCACGCCGAGGCGCUGGAGCGGGAGCGGCUCCUCGCGGAGCAAGCCGGCGACAGCCUCAAAAUCAGCCACGCGCCGCAGGUGAGCAUCAGCCGCAGCAAGUCCUACCGGGAGAACGCGUCACUGAGCCGGGGCGGCGAGGGCGACCAGAGCCCCGGGGAGGGCUCGGAGGACGGCAGCCUGGGACUGGUGGAGCUCGGCCCGCUGAAGUUCGAGGAGGACACGGGGAAGGAGGAGGAGAGCAGCGGGGACGCGGCCGCUCUGUCCCCGAAGGACGAGGAGAGGGAGAGCUUGAACGCCGGGGAUGGGGACGUGAGGGACGGGGAGGACAGCGUGUGUCUGUCGGCGGGCAGUGACUCGGAGGAAGGGAUGCUGAAGCGGAAGCAGAGAAGAUACAGGACUACCUUCACCAGUUACCAGCUGGAGGAGCUGGAGAGGGCUUUCCAGAAGACACACUACCCCGACGUCUUCACCAGAGAAGAGCUGGCGAUGCGUCUGGAUCUUACCGAGGCCCGUGUUCAAGUGUGGUUUCAGAACCGCAGGGCCAAGUGGAGGAAGCGUGAGAAGGCCGGGGUGCAGGCCCACCCGUCAGGAAUGCCCUUUCCAGGCUCCCUGGGGGCAGGCCACCCCCUCAGCCAUUACCUGGACGGAGGGCCCUUUCCUCCCCAUCACCACCCGGCCCUCGAGUCCGCCUGGACCGCUGCCGCAGCCGCAGCCGCUGCCUUCCCGGGCCUGGCCCCUCCACACCACAACGGCUCGGCACCGCAGCUGGCCACCCCCCUCGGCCUGGGCACUUUCCUCGGCACGGCCGCCAUGUUUCGCCACCCCGCCUUCAUCGGACCCACUUUUGGCAGGCUCUUCUCCAGUAUGGGUCCCCUGUCCAGUGCUUCCACCGCCGCAGCUCUCCUCCGCCAGCCCGCCCCUCCUGUAGAGAACCCCUCCCACGCAGGCCCGGUCCUCGCCGACCCUUCCUCCUCCUCCUCCUCCUCCUCCCCCUCAUCCGCAGCCGCAGCAGACCGCAGGGCCUCCAGCAUCGCCGCGCUGCGCCUCAAGGCCAAGGAACACUCGGCUCAGCUCACCCAGCUUAACAUCCUGCCAACCGGAGCGACAGGGAAGGAGGUGUGCUGAACACACACAAUACCAGGCCUCCCCCAUCCCGGGCCCACGUCCCAUUCCACCACACCGUCGCCUCCCCCCCCCCCCCCCCCCUCCGAGACACCCAUCAUUCAUACCUCUGGAGGCUGAUGCCCCAACGUCCCCCUUGUUCAACCAUCCAUGUUACCUCAUGUUUCCCCAACAAAAUAUAGCACGACCAAAUUUGAAAGAGCAAAGUGUGUGUGUGCAUGCCUGCGUGUGUGUGUGUGUGUGUGUGUAUCUGGUAAUUACAUCUAUAGUUACACUCCGUACACACACCUUUCUGGAUUACAGUCCAGCAACUUCAGUAUUUUUAAACUUUUCACUAAUAGAGCAAUUAUAAUAUUUUUUGACAGCUGAAUGGGUUGAUAUUAAUAUAGUUCAAUAUUCAUCGGGCUCCCUAUUAUUUGCAUAGAUUAUCACACAGUAUAUGUAUACCGCUUUUUAUUACAACGUGGAGUGCAUUUACGCAUCAAAAAACUAAACACACACAGUGCCAGUGGUAGAAUGUAGCAAAGUAUAUUACCUAAGUAUGUGAGGUAGUUGUCUUUUAGUAUUUCCGUUUGAUGCAAAUUUCUAAAAUACUACAUUUACAAUUAGUACUUUUUUUCUCUACAUUGCAUUCUGGAUUUUACAUACCAAACAUAAUAUAAAAUACUAAACAUUAGAAUAAGCAACCAGACAGUGUUUAAAACAAGUUCAAAAUAGAUUGAGCUGACCAACUUCAACUGUAACAUGCCCCUUAAGUUAAACAUUAAUGCAUUAACUAAAAUAGUUCAGUAAUAUAAAAUAGCUUCACAGGCCCAUUUUGCAUUUAUCUUGAAAGUACAUUUUGCUGCUCAUUUUCUGUAUUUUAAAUUGAGAAAAAAAGUAUUUUUCCACUUUUACUUACCUAGGAUCUGUAAUGGAGAGAGCGCGCGCACACACACACACACACACACACACACGCGGAAAGCUAAAGAACCUCAGAGGAAACCAGACUCUUAGAAAGGAUUCUCGUGCUACUUCAAAUGUGGACAACUUGAGUGCUCGGCACUUCUUAAUCUGUAUGCAUUGAUGUGGGCCAGUCUGCGUCUAUAAUAAAGGCGAGUUGGAAGAGGACCCCCCCCCCUCCCCCUCAGAACCAAAGGAAAACUGUUCAUAGACCUUCCAUAUAGCCUUCUCUACAAGCCUGACUCCUCUCCACUGCUUGCCUGUCCACCAGUCAGGCUCAGCAGCACCACAGGACAUGCACAUGUUUUUAAAUCUCUGAAUCAAACCAGAGGGACUUGAGGGUGAUUUCCAGCACCUGAUUUCUGUAAUUUGCUGCAAUUUGAGAAUCCACCUCCCUUCGAUUAUCACAGCAGUGCUACUCUCUGCUGAGUCUGACUCCAGGACACGCGAGCUAAGUCGAGAUCCGAGAUGAGUCUCCGAUGACCUAACUGUGUGGAAGAAAACUGUACAUAUUGUGUAAAAAGGAGGGGAAAAAAGUACCACAAAAAAAGGAUGAUUUUCAAAACAAGGUUGUGUAAAUUUCAAGAGCCGGUGUUUUGAUAAUUUGCACUUGGUGUAGUGUUUAAUGAAUGUCGCCCUGUGUAGAAUUUCACCUGUGUUUAUGAAUUAUUAGGAUUGUUAGAUCAUUAUUUAUGUCAAAACUUUUCUCCGGAGGACUUGAGUGAAGGACUUAAUUUUUCUUAUUAAGUGAUUGUAGGUUUCCUGGUUCAAUAAUGCUAAUUUGAAUAAAUUACAUUGCUAAAAUGAGUUAUCUUUUAUUCAGUUAUUUUUUUUCAAAUUCCCUUAGGACUGACUAUAGGCCUAAACCAGGGGAAAAGAAAACAAUAUGAAAUAGAAUAUUAUAGAGCUAUUAAUAAAAGGUGUUAUGAAGAAAA